AUGUAUAGGCCAACCACAAAAAAUGAGUGGUGGGUAUGCGGCGUGUUGCUCACACAGGCCAUCAUAACAAUCGCCCUUGAAGUGCAAGUGACUUGUCUUUUUCUGAAGUCCAGGUACUUCCCUAAUGAUCGUGAUCUAACUAUCAAAACAGUUCCGGUUUCAUAUCUGAUUCCGAUCAACCUGGCAAUUUUGAUCUUUGCCGGCGUCUACAUGCUUAUUCUUGCAUUGGAUGCUAUUCAUGCAAAGAAUAACAUCCUACUGUUCGCAAUAUGCAUCUCCAAUGCCUGCAGUUUUGCGUACGCCAUCAUGCAGUACCGCUUGAUGGAAACGACGACCAUCAGACUGUAUGAGGCUCGCUUCGGGUAUCCAACCUUGGUAGACACUACUCGCAAACUCUGGCCGUCAAUCCAGCCCGCCGAGAUUGUUGUAUGCAUAAUUGCGGGAUUGGGCACUUUGGUUGUGGUUCCCUGUGUAUACUUCCUGCAUAGGGAAUAUUCUUGGGCCAUAUACAAAUCCGUCAAUGGUAGUCGCAAAACUAGAAUGCGCUAUCUCUUUUAUGAGAUCUUCCUCGUGUUGAUCAAAGUGAAUUUCUACUUCCUGAUCGGCUUUAUCGUGCAGUACAAUCUGAUAUACGUCCACUUCAGAGGUAUCGAAUAUACUCUGACUAUGUGUCUUAUUCCAGCUUCAUUGAUAUGCAUGCUGCUUGGAAUAUACUUUGUUCAACACGAACGAACAUGGGGGGUUGUUGUUAUUAUCGCCUGCUACUUGGGCGUACUUGCAUAUCUCAUCAGCCGAGUCAUAAUUCUUUUUGAGAACUCGACUGUAGGGAAAGACAUGAUGCUUCUUUUUGCUUUUGUCUCCUUGGUGCUCACUGCUGCAACUGUUAUUUGUGCGAUCGUGUGCAUUACAAACUUUGAUCGUGGCUUCAAGAUGAUCAACAGAUCAAAGAAUGGCUCUGGGCGAAGUUCAAACUAUCUGCAGCCAAACUCUCUCCCUCUUUCCCAUCCUGAUUCGCGACCAUCCUCUCGACUUACGCUGGACUAA